AUGUUUAAUGCAGGAGACUUGAAAAAGGUUCUUCGUUCAAAGAGAAAACAAUUUGUAACAGAAACCAAUGCUGCCCUCAGAGCCAUUCACCAGAAAAUUGGGAAUGCUGUGAAGAAACAGCAAGAGCAAAGGCUGAAGUUUUAUCAUGGAUAUUACGAGCAGUUUCUGACUUUGUUUUGGGAGUGGAAUAGAGAUGUGCAGAAAACCAAGAAAGAAGAAGAAAAACUGAUUAUUUUGUUCCACAAGCAACGAGAUCUUUUUCAAAAAGCUAGGACUGUUCAGGGCCAGAGACUGAGAAAAAUUAAAAACUUAUAUGACCAGUUCUUAAAGGAUGUGCAGUCCUUUGAGGAGAAUCAGAGCUGUCUUGCUACCAAUGAAGGAAAAGAAUUUAGACAAGAAAUGGCCAAAUUGCGAAGGAAAAUCGUGGCGGAUGUUCAACGGCAAGAACUGGCAAAUAUUCGAAAGUCUCUUCAAUGCCUGCUAUUAUGA